AGCGGCGGGGCCUGGGGCCUUGAGGCCCGGGAGAGCCGGGGAGCUGGGCCGGCGCGCCGAGAUGCUGCUGCUGCUGCCGCUGCUGCUGCCGCUGGCGCCACUCUUCCUCCGCCCCCCGGGCGCGGGCGGGGCGCAGACCCCCAACGCCACCUCGGAAGGUUGCCAGAUCAUACACCCGCCCUGGGAAGGGGGCAUCAGGUACAGGGGCCUGACUCGAGACCAGGUGAAGGCUAUCAACUUCCUGCCCGUGGACUAUGAGAUUGAGUAUGUGUGCCGGGGGGAGCGCGAGGUCGUGGGGCCCAAGGUCCGCAAGUGCCUGUCCAACGGCUCCUGGACAGAUAUGGACACACCCAGCCGCUGUGUGAAUCGAACGCCACACUCAGAACGGCGCGCGGUGUACAUCGGGGCGCUGUUUCCCAUGAGCGGGGGCUGGCCGGGGGGCCAGGCCUGCCAGCCCGCGGUGGAGAUGGCGCUGGAGGACGUGAACAGCCGCAGGGACAUCCUGCCGGACUAUGAGCUCAAGCUCAUCCACCACGACAGCAAGUGUGACCCAGGCCAAGCCACCAAGUACCUGUACGAGCUGCUGUACAAUGACCCUAUCAAGAUCAUCCUCAUGCCUGGCUGCAGCUCUGUGUCCACGCUCGUGGCUGAGGCUGCCAGGAUGUGGAACCUCAUUGUGCUUUCCUAUGGCUCCAGUUCACCGGCCCUGUCAAACCGGCAACGCUUUCCUACGUUCUUCCGAACUCAUCCGUCAGCCACACUCCAUAAUCCUACCCGGGUGAAACUCUUCGAAAAGUGGGGCUGGAAGAAGAUCGCCACCAUCCAGCAGACCACUGAGGUCUUCACCUCGACUCUGGACGACCUGGAGGAACGGGUAAAGGAGGCUGGAAUCGAGAUUACUUUCCGUCAGAGUUUCUUCUCAGAUCCAGCUGUGCCCGUCAAAAACCUUAAGCGCCAAGACGCCCGGAUCAUCGUGGGACUUUUCUAUGAGACCGAAGCCCGGAAAGUUUUUUGUGAGGUGUACAAGGAGAGGCUCUUCGGGAAGAAGUACGUCUGGUUCCUCAUUGGGUGGUAUGCGGACAAUUGGUUCAAGAUCUAUGACCCGUCCAUCAACUGCACAGUGGACGAGAUGACCGAGGCGGUGGAGGGCCACAUCACCACCGAGAUUGUCAUGCUGAACCCUGCCAACACCCGCAGCAUUUCCAACAUGACGUCCCAGGAGUUUGUGGAGAAACUGACCAAACGACUAAAAAGACACCCUGAGGAGACGGGAGGCUUCCAGGAGGCACCUCUGGCCUAUGAUGCCAUCUGGGCCUUGGCAUUGGCCCUGAACAAGACGUCUGGAGGAGGUGGCCGUUCAGGAGUGCGCCUGGAAGACUUCAACUACAACAACCAGACCAUAACAGACCAAAUCUACCGGGCAAUGAACUCCUCGUCCUUCGAGGGUGUUUCCGGCCAUGUGGUGUUUGAUGCCAGUGGCUCUCGGAUGGCAUGGACGCUCAUCGAGCAGCUACAGGGUGGCAGCUACAAGAAGAUUGGCUAUUAUGACAGCACCAAGGAUGACCUUUCCUGGUCCAAAACGGAUAAGUGGAUUGGAGGGUCCCCCCCAGCUGACCAGACCUUGGUCAUCAAGACGUUCCGCUUCCUGUCACAGAAACUCUUUAUCUCCGUAUCCGUUCUCUCCAGCCUGGGCAUUGUCCUAGCUGUUGUCUGUCUGUCCUUUAACAUCUAUAACUCCCAUGUCCGUUAUAUCCAGAACUCACAGCCCAACCUGAAUAAUCUGACUGCUGUGGGCUGCUCUCUGGCGUUAGCUGCCGUCUUCCCCCUCGGGCUGGAUGGUUACCACAUCGGGAGAAGCCAGUUCCCCUUCGUCUGCCAGGCCCGCCUCUGGCUCCUGGGUCUGGGCUUUAGCCUGGGCUACGGCUCCAUGUUCACCAAGAUCUGGUGGGUCCACACGGUCUUCACAAAGAAGGAGGAAAAGAAGGAGUGGAGGAAGACCCUGGAGCCCUGGAAGCUGUAUGCCACGGUGGGCCUGCUGGUGGGCAUGGACGUCCUCACCCUCGCCAUCUGGCAGAUCGUGGACCCUUUGCACCGGACCAUUGAGACUUUUGCCAAGGAGGAACCGAAGGAAGAUAUCGACGUGUCUAUUUUGCCCCAGCUGGAGCACUGCAGCUCCAAGAAGAUGAAUACCUGGCUCGGCAUUUUCUAUGGCUACAAGGGGCUCCUGCUGCUGCUGGGGAUCUUUCUUGCUUAUGAGACCAAGAGUGUGUCCACCGAGAAGAUCAACGACCACCGGGCUGUGGGCAUGGCCAUCUACAAUGUGGCGGUCCUGUGCCUCAUCACGGCCCCGGUCACCAUGAUCCUGUCCAGCCAGCAGGACGCGGCCUUCGCCUUUGCCUCUCUCGCCAUAGUUUUCUCCUCGUAUAUCACCCUGGUUGUGCUCUUCGUGCCCAAGAUGCGCAGGCUGAUCACCCGAGGGGAGUGGCAGUCAGAGGCGCAGGACACCAUGAAGACGGGGUCCUCGACCAACAACAACGAGGAGGAGAAGUCCCGGCUGUUGGAGAAGGAGAACCGUGAACUGGAGAAGAUCAUUGCUGAGAAAGAGGAGCGCGUCUCUGAACUGCGCCAUCAGCUCCAGUCCCGGCAGCAGCUCCGCUCCCGACGUCACCCUCCGACACCCCCAGACCCCUCGGGGGCCCUGCCCAGGGGGCCCCCUGAGCCCCCCGACCGGCUUAGCUGUGAUGGGAGUCGAGUCCACUUGCUUUACAAGUGAGGGCGGUGUAAGGGGAGACAGGC